AUGGACCGUAAAAGCGACCCCGUUCUCACGCCGAAGGCCAAGGCCGCGGCCAUUCGGCUUCCGCGAAGCGUGGCUCGCCGCUUUUGCUCGUGCGUACACUUUACCGCACCGUUCACAACGACCGAUGGAACGGUGCGUGAUCUCGGCUCAUCGAAUCGCGAUCAGCGACGCCAAGAGUCCUUCGUGGACCGAUUAAAAUUAACACCGGCCGUUCGACGACGAGGUCAACGUCUCCAGAAUGGAGCCGCGGCAUUAGUUAGCCAGCGGCGGGCGUCGUUAAACCGAAGCACCGCAUUAAUUCGGGCGCGUCCGUCGAAGCACGGCGGGCGUCAGGACACUCGAGCUUAUCGCGACAGCCUCGCACAACUUGCGGGGACACUUCGCGCUGUAAUUGUCGUCCGUCAAUCGGCGCGGCCGAAUCGCCCGUCGAGCCGCUUAAUACUCACUGGGGACGUAAACUUC